AGGAACCCAGAGCCUCACGCAUGCUAGGCAAGUGCGGGGCGCUAAGCCACAUCCUCUGUCCUCCAACGCUCAUUUUUGACACAGCAAGUCAGAACUUAACAGACAACCCAGGACUGGGCCAGCUCUUCAGUUCCCACCACCCCUGCAUGCAAAUAGUCCUUAGGGUGAUGGCAGGGCUCUGAUACCCGUCACUACAUGGGUAGCAGUGGCGCUCUGUGGAGGGACAUCCACAGGACAUGACUUGGAGCCAACCUCUGUGGGAAGAAAAGGCAGAACUUGUGGUAGAGGCCUUAACGGCCUCAAGGGGUCUCUUUCCACAUCUUUCCAGGCCAAGAUCAGCCUGUUCCUCCGUGUCACCUCCAAACUCAGCAAAGAGGCAAGAAGAGGAGGGACGCCAGGCAGGGAGGCGGGGCCAGGCCGAGGAGGGCCUUGAUGUGAGGGCCCUGGGGCUGUGGGUGGGGAGGGGGCAAUGCCCGUGUGACUGAGCUUCCCAGAGGUGACAGCUGCACUAAACCAAGGCGUGUGGGGAAUGUGAGGCGAGUUCUUUAGUAUCUGCUGCUUCCAGACAAAUGAUGUGAAGAAGAUGGUGGUGGCGAUGGGAGUAUAAUAGAUGUCAGUUGGUCGGCACAGGAAGCCAGCAGAACAUCCUGAUGGGUAGAGGUGACAAAAGACCACAGGCGUCUGCUUUCGGCCUGAGCAGCUGGCAGUGGGUACAAUGGGCCUAGAGGACAAGGGCGGGGAGCUUAGUGUGGGCAUUCAGGAGCUAUGCCCGUGCCACACGCCACAGAUACGGGCCAAGUGACAGAUUUAAACGUGGAACGGCUGACUGGAAUAGUGUCAGAGGCCACCUCAGAUGUGUGCUGGAUCACGCUGGGCCUGCUCUCCACGGCCUCCUGCUGGCUUUGUUGCUUACAGGGUCUUCCUGUUCCUGAGUCCACUCAUGUUCCCUCCUCCUGAGCAGGCAGGGGUGGGCGGAAGGGUCAGGGCUCCUUCCUCCUGAGCAGCCAGGUGUCCUCCCUCCCCAGAAAGGAGCUGUUUUUCAGCUGGCACCCGGUGCUCUGGUGGAGCCGUCACCCCAAGAAGCACAGCCCUUGGGAACAAAGCGAGACCUAUCACUGCCACUUUAAGGGGGAGCUCUGUCCGCCUGUGUUUCUACCUGUAGGUCAGAGAGAAGGAAGUAGAGGUGGGCUGUGGGGAGCCUGCUGCUAACACCAACACUUCCUGCGGGGACAACAACGGCACACAGAGGAUCUUGCCUGCGGCCACCAGCGCCUGGGCCUUGCUGGAGUGAUGGCCCCAGCCCUGCUCUGGUCGCUGCUGACCCUCUGCAUCUGUGCAGGAACCCCCGCCGUGUGGGUGCAAGUGCAGAUGGUGGCCACCAAGCUCCUGUCCUUCACUGUCCACUGUGGCUUCCAAGGGUCUGGCUUCAUCUCCCUGGUGACCGUGAGCUGGUGGGGGUCAAAUGUUACCAGAAGAACCACGCUGGCUGUGCUGCACCCAGAACUUGGGGUUCGUCAGUGGGCUCCCGCCAGCCAGGCCCGCUGGUUAAACAAAAGCAGUGUCUCCCUCAUCCUGGAGGGGGCUGAGGGGCAAAGCCCCCAGGCCAACACCACCUUCUGCUGCCAGUUUGUUUCCUUCCCCGAAGGCUCCCAUGAGACCUGCGGGGACCCUCCAGCCAGCUCAGACCAAGGGCUUCCUGCCCCAACCCCAGCCCGCAUUCUGCAGGCAGACCUGGCUGGGAUCUUGGGGCCCACAGGGGUCCUUCUGUUUGGUUUCAUCUUUGUCCUGCACCACCUGCGCCGGAGGAGGCAUUGGUCCAUUUCUAAGCUUCAGCGCCACUCCCUUGCCAGCAACCAGGCCCAGGCUGCUCUCCACCUCUCCUACCCCACCCCCACCUUCUGCCCAGCAGCUCUGGACUCGGCCCAUCUCCACCAGCGACUAUCCCAGUGGGCACCAGUCCCUGACCUUCCUGCACGCCAAUCCCAAGUGCAUGCCCCCCAGGCCUCCUCACUGCUCCCUGAACUCAGCAGCUUUGUGUAUGUUGAGAACGGACUCUAUGCUGGGGCAGGAGCAGAGCCUCCCCACACAGAUGCCAGCCUCACCCCUUCUCCGCUCUCUGAGGCCACAGAUGUGUACUUGGAAGUCUGACAGUGCAGACUACCGGACGGACGUCCACUCGGCUGUUUCCCAUCUCAGGUCUCUGAGACUUCCUGUGCUGGCACCCUCUGUCUUGUUUUGGCCCAAGGCCGCCAGUAAGUGUGCCCAAGCACGUGGGGAUGUGGUCAGUGUGGACACCGGUGUGAGCGCACACAGUGACGAACGAAGCCUCAUCCUGUGUGACUAGUUGUUUUGCACGCAUCCCCAACCUGCCAGGCGAUGCCAAUAACUAAGUCAAUAAAUCAGUUCCUUGGUCUUGGU